AUGGCUGACGCUGCCGUUACCAACGGUAACCCUAAUGUGGACGCUAUCAAAGCGAGUAAGCUCGACAUCCGAUACCCAACCCUCUUUUUGCCCCGACCAACUGACGAUAUCCCUUCCGCAGAUGCCACGUCUGCUUACAACACUGUCACCAACGGACCCGUAGCCCAGAACGUCAAGACCCAAACCUCCAAGGCCACGGACGAGAUGUCGAACCUCGCUGCCGCCCGUCAUCCGCCUUCUUACACGGCCGCCACUGGCCAGCCGCUGACGAACUACCACUCCUUCUUCUCGGAGCUCCUAUCGUGGCGCAACCCCCGUGCUUCAGCUAUCGCCUAUGCAUCCCUAGUCACACUCAUCUUCGCGGUUAGGUACCUCGAUGUGCUGCGCUGGGCUUUUAAGCUUACCUGGAUGGUUCUUGGCAUCACCAUCGCCGCCGAGGUCGCUGGAAAGGCGCUUCUGAACAACGGCUUCGCCACUCAACUUCGCCCUCGCAAGUACUACACCAUCCCGCGCGAGACGCUCGAAGCGGCGAUUGGCGACGUCCACGAGCUCAUCAACUUCUUUGUUAUUGAGUCGCAACGUGUGUUGUUCGCCGAGAACGUGUAUGCAUCGGCUGCUGCUGCAUUCGGUGCCUUUCUCUCGUACUACCUCGUCAAGAUCGUCCCGUACUGGGGUCUCGCCGUCAUCGGCACCACCGUUGUCUUCUUCACCCCGCUCAUCUACACCUCCAACCAGGAACUCAUUGACAACCAGCUGAAGCACGCCAGCGAGGUUGUCAACGCCCAGACCGCUCAGUUCCGCACCGUUGCUCAGAAGCACACCGAACAGGCCACCCAGGUCACGAAGCAGUAUGUAGGUGACUACACUGCCAAGGCCCAGGCUUUGAUCAAGGGCGCUCGCGGCCACGAGGUCAACGGACAAGACAAGACCAACGGGCAGGAAAAGCCUUCCAUCAAGGCGACUGAUUUCCCCACCGCUCCUCAGGAGGAGCUGAAGCACCCCGAUCCUGAGCCUGUCGAGGUUGUUGAGAACACCUUCCCGCCUGUCGCCAAGACCGAUGGCGAGUCUCUGAUCGCCGCUUAA